AUGAUUCAUCUUCUCGACUUAUCCACCGAAGAUUCUGCCGAUGAUCAAUCUUCAUCAAAAACUUCCAAACGAUCAUCAAACAGCGGUGUUCUACCUCCAUCUUCCCAUGGUUCAACUGAUUCGGGCAGGAUGAAAUCACCGUCAGUGAUUUUGAAGAGUAAUCGAAACUAUGCAGAGAAGAAAAAGAUAUUGACCUCUUUAAUCUCCAAAUGGAUAUGCCAAAAUAUGCGACCUAUUAGUAUUGUUGGAGAUCAAGGUUUUGUGGAGGUUGUUCAACAGUGUCUGAUGUGGAACGAUCCACACUUUGGCGGAAAAACAAAUGAUAUUUUACCAUCGAGAACAGCAAUUCAGCGAGAAAUCAGUUGUCAAGCGAGCGAAAUUCGUCAAAGUUUAAGUGUACAGUUAAUUCAAGCAGCCGAAGACGGUGCUUUGGCCAUCAGUCCUGAUCUUUGGACUGAUCGAUUUCGGCAAACAAGUUAUUUUGGAAUCACUGGUCAUUUCACAAAUAACGAGUACGUUUUGUCCUCCAUUGACCUUUGUUGUGAACCCUACAAUGAAGUCAAUAAACGUGCCGACAGCGUUCUCAAGAGGAAACCAAUGCCUGAGAAACAAACCGUUGCUAUUGAUCCGGCCGACCAGUUUCGUCAAACUGAUCACGAUGAUGAGUCUCUCUCGGACUACGAUGACAGAGACUCUACCAGCAGUGAUACCGACGAUGAAGUGAUUCUCGACGCGAAGAGUGGCGAAUUAGUACUUCGGAGUUUGUCUUCAUCAUCGCCUGAAUCUGAUCACGUGAAUGUACCCGAAGACAAAUUACCAACUCAGGCCAGUCAAAUGUUGAUCACCAUUACUCGAUGCAAUUGUGUGCUUAUGUCAAACGAGUGA